AUGUCUGCCAGGCGUGGCAGCGCGUCACCUCACGGGUCGUCCAUACGGACUGCCCGUGUUACCAUCUGCACCUGUGCGGCGCCCUCAGAGUUGGGGGCGUGUCACCUGCUGACGCGGGCGCUCGGCGUAAAUCAUCAGAAUCUAACCGAGGUCGAUCUAUCUUCGUCGUAUAAAAUGAUCAGAGAGUUAGACAUCGUGGGCAUGGCUGACAUGACACCUCUGGACGUACUCCUUGGCUUACUAGCGAUGCCAUCGCCGGUUAAGUCUCAAUUGAGAGAGCCAGCAGUACAGGAUUUCAUCAGGAGAAACCACACCUUUGACUUGAUGAUCCUCGAGCGUCUGCCUUACCAAGGUUACUAUGGACUGCACCACAAGAUUGGUUCGCCACCGCUCGUCGGAUUCGUGACGUUGUCUGCAUACUCACCCGUGUAUUACGCCAUGGGGAAUGCCAUGAAUCCAGCCUACACCCCUGAAGUCUGGGAGGGCUUCUCUGAUCACAUGAACUUUUGGCAGCGCCUGUACAACACGUACUUUACACUACGUUUCAACUAUGUGUGGUUCUACAAAAUACUUCCGCAGCAGGAGAUGAUUAUGAGAGAACAUUUCGGCGCGGAACCACCUUCUGUUUACGAAACCGAACGCAACUACAGCCUACUCAUAGUCAACAACCACUUUACCACGGAGUAUCCGCGGCCUCAUCUACCGAGCGUCAUAGAAGUCACGGGACUCCACGUAUCGACCAAGGUCGAACGAUUACCAGAGAACCUACAGAAAUUCAUAGACGGAGCCGAACACGGCGUCAUCUACGUCAGUCUUGGAUCCAACGUCCGGAGCAACGCACUACCCCAGGAGAAGUUCCAGGCUUUUCUGGAGGCGUUCAGACAGCUGCCGCAACGCGUCCUCUGGAAGUGGGAGAACGACACACUGCCUUCCCAGCCGGAGAACGUGAUGGUCAGCAAGUGGAUGCCGCAACAAUCCGUGCUGGCUCAUCCAAACGUCCGCCUCUUCAUAAUGCAAGGAGGUCUCCAGAGCAUGAACGAGGCGACGUACCACGCUGUUCCACUUGUGGUCAUACCUUUCUUCGCCGACCAGCCGCACAACGCUGCCAAGAUUUCGCAGGCGGAGAUCGGCGUCAGGCUGGACUACCAUGACGUCACUAAGGACAACCUGCUGGCCGCUGUACGGACCGUUCUGGAUGAACCAAAAUACGCAGAAAACAUGAAGAGACUUUCUGCCGUAUACCGCGAGCACAAGGCGGACUCCCUGGAGCGGGCGGUGUGGUGGGUGGAGUACGUGAUCCGCCACAGGGGGGCCCCACACCUGCGCAGCGCAGCCCUCGACCUGCACUGGUGGCAGCUGCUGCUGCUCGACGUCAUCGCUUUCGUUCUGGCGGUCGCCGGCCUCACACUCUGCCUCGUCUACUUCGUCACGCGGCAGGUGGUAUCCAGCUUCAAAGGCAGCAAACAGAAACAGAAGCAGAAGAAACAGUGAUGUUCUCCAGACAGUGUUAAGCAGUCGCUGUAUCUCAGCCAAGUUUACUACAGUCCUGAACCUUUAAAGACGUUUCUUGGAGAGGGAAAUCAUGAACUGUGUCAGAUGAUACGUAUCAUGCCACUGAAACACUACUGUCAGAUUUGUGUAACACCUUUUCAUGAGAGCGGUGGUGCCAAUGCAGAUAGCGUUUUGCGGUGGAAACAGAUUCUAGUCUUCGUUGUUUUUUGUAAAUCUCACAUUUGUGCAGUAGCGUAAUAUCUCUCCCUUUAUUUUUUUAGACAUUUUGUUGUUUGACUAUCCACCUAGUUUCAGAAAUAAACAUAAUAUGUAACCCCUUUUCGGAUACAAUUCACAAUUAUUUCCUUUUCCAAACU